GUGAACAUACUUCCUGGAACAGGGCCCGGUUACCUGAGUGAGGCAGAAAUAAGUGACUAACCUGCUGCUAUUUUCAGUCCUUACUGAACACAGGAGCAGCUUUUUGUUCUGUUCUUCACAGAUAAAAAAACUCCAUUUAAAUUUAUGUCCUGACAUAAUGGCUCAGUUUACCUGGGAAACCUCCACCUAUGAGUAAGACACUUACAAGGAAGCUGUUGUUGUUCCUUGAGUAGGAAGAAUGAGACACGCCCUGAGGAGCACACAGCCAUAAUCUCUUUCAGAUCAGACACACAACUUCCUGAAGGAGAGAAGCUGCAGCAGAGGAUUCUGUGAGGACGGCAACUUUAACUCGCUGUCCAAUCUGUGAAUUUAAGAAGGAAAAACGAGAGACUGUGAAGAGGAGGGAGAUCAGCCACGAAUGACUGCUGUGUGCUGAGCCUCACUCACAGAGAUAAUGGCUUUCCAGUCAGAGGAGGAUCUCACCUGUACUGUCUGCCUGGACAUUUUUAAAGAUCCUGUUGUCCUGCCCUGCAACCACAGCUUCUGUAACAUCUGCCUGCAGACAUGGUGGAGCGAUAAAUCUGUGUGCGAGUGCCCUGUUUGUAAGAGGAAAUCAUCGAGGAGUGACCCACACCGAAACCUGGCAUUAGAAAAAAUGUGCAAGGCGUUCUUAAUGGAGAGCGAUCAGGGAGCUUCUGCAGUGUCUGAGGCGCUCUGCGGUCUGCACUCAGAAAGACUCAAACUCUUCUGCCUGGACCAUCAGCUGCCGGUGUGUCUCAUCUGCAGAGACUCAAAAAUGCAUACCAGCCACAGGUUUAGACCCAUCCAAGAACUUGCACACGAGCAGAGAAAGGAGCUCCAGAAAUGCCUGGGCCCCCUACUGGAAAAAGUGCAGGUCUUUGUACAUGUUAAAGGAAAUUUUGAUAAAACAGCAGAACACAUUAAGGUCCAGGCCCGCCACACGGAGAGGCAGAUUAAGGAGCAGUUUCAGAGGCUGCACCAGUUUCUCCAAGAGGAAGAGGAGGCCAGGAUCACUGCUCUGAGGGAGGAAGAGGAGCAGAAGUCUGAAGCAAUAAAGGAGAAGAUUGAGGCUCUGAGCAGAGUGAUCGGAGCUCUUUCAGAAACAAUCCAAGCUGCAGAGGAGGAGCUGAGCAGUGAAGACAUCUCAUUCCUGCAGAACUACAAGGCUGUGGUGAAAAGAGUCCAGCAGCACGCCCUGCUGGAAGACCCGGAGCUGCCCUCAGGAGCUCUGAUAGACGUGGCCAAACACCUGGGCAACCUGACCUUCAACAUCUGGAACAAAAUGAAGAAGAUGGUCUCCUACUCUCCUGUGAUCCUGGAUCCAAACACUGCCAACCCAGAAUUAAUCCUGUCUGAAGAUCUGACGAGUGUGAGUCACGGCGAGAGACAGAAGCUUCCCGAAAACCCAGAGAGGACCAGCUAUCACCGCUCUGUGCGGGGCUGGGAGGGCUUUAACUCGGGGACCCACAGCUGGGAUGUUGAAGUGGGAGACAACACUGCCUGGUUUGUUGGCGUGGCGGCUGAAUCCAUCCAGAAAACGGAGCGGAUCAAAUCCGGAUUCUGGCAGAUCGAGUUCUACAACGGUAAAUACAGCACGCGGGUACUGGGAACGCCACCGUCCGGCCUCCGAGUCAAGAAGAAGCCACAGAGGGUCAGAGUUCACCUGGACUGGAACAGAGGAAGACUGUCAUUCUCCGAUCCCGACACCGGCUCACAGCUGCAGAGUUUCACACACUGUUUCACCGAUAAGCUGUUUCCAUGCAUGGGUACUUUAAACGAAACCCCACUGAAGGUAUUACCGGACAAAAUUUAUGUAACAAGAGAAUAUCUCAGUUAGAAAUGAUGACCCGUCGGGGAGGCUGCUGUCAAGGUAACUGAGAAAAUGUCACCUGGAUUGUUUUUGGAAGUACUGAUACUCAUAAAAUACUUCAGUUUUUAAAUUCUUUGUCCCAUCACAACAAGUAUUUGUACUCAGAAUUUAUCUAACAUGUUAAAACACCCAGAUCUCACUUUCUGUCACAGUCCUGUGCCAAGAGACCACGACCUCAUUCGCUACAGUUACAGCGACACUGGUGUCAUUAAGAUCUGAACAUUAAGUCUCUGCAGGAGUCUCAGGGGCUUCAUUUGUUUAAUAUGGUUCAAAUCAGCUCAUCAGUUUGUAAACGAGUAACUUUUUCUCUUGGUUUGGUUUCUUUUCACGGAGAAAACGCCAAGUAAACCAAAAUGUGUCACAACGAACCACAACUGGGUCCUGUUCCAGGAAGCAUGGAAACAACUAACUCUGAGGUGGCAGCUAAACCUGCUUCCUGGAAUAAGCCCCUGGACUAAUGGCUUCCAAUGACUCUCGGUUCAUUUUACAGCCAGUUGGUUCAUUCUGUGAGUUCUGCACAUGUGUGGUACUAACAUACGUGCUAGCUGGGUCGGAUCAAGGCUGGAUGAUGUUCUCGCCAUAAACAAACCACUCUGGAGUUUGUCUGGAACCGCCUCCUCCAAACGGUCCCAGUGUGGUGGUUUUGGUCCGCAUCAGAGAAACAAAUCGCACCAAGAGGGGAAGCAAACCAGAGUUUUGUUUAAACCAGGGCCGGGCAAUUAAUUUCCCAGGUGGCCGCUGGUGCAGCCCUCCACAACAGUCCCAGUUUCUCAUGUGGCCUCCUGGGAAAUGAAUCGUGCAGCUGUGAUUUAAAGGGCGUUCGAACCCUCAGUGAUGAUGGGCUGUGAGUCGCUGAAGCUUCACAGCUCUCAGACAUGUAAACACGGGAAACUACAGCUCAUAACUGAGAUAAUAAUCAGAACACUGCUUCGUUAAAGGAGUUUAACAUCAGCAGUCGUGAGUCUUUAUUUUCCACUGCACAAAAAUAACUCAUUAUAAACAAUCAGCUGUAAAAACAGAUUAAAUUUCUUUCAAUGCAUUUUUUUUUUAUCUGGUGUCAUUUUAUCAAAUGACCACACGGGGAGGCUGCAGACUCUUUCAUUUAAAGCCUCGGCCUGACACUUUAACAGAGUCAGGAGACAUUUCAUUAGGUACACCUACCAGUACUGGGUUGGACCCCCUUUGCUGCCUUAAUUCUUCCUGGCACAGAUUCAAGAAGAUGCUGAAAACAUUCCUCACAGGUUUUGGUCCAUAUUAACAUGAUGGCAUCAGAUCGCUGCAGAUUCUCCUCUGACCUCUGACCUCUGACAUGCAUCCAUCAAUGAGGCCUUGGACCAUUCUCUGUAAACCACAGAGAUGGUUGUGUGGGAGAAUCCCAGCAGCUCAUCAGACUCUUACGUUCCCCCCUGUUCUCAUGCUCCGUUUGGGGGGGACGAAAGAAGACAAAAUUCAGCAGAUAGGUGUGCAAGUGAAACCUUAAAAGCGUAUUCUUUGAACUCACUGACAAAAACAGACCAACGUGCAUCAGGUCUGAGUCAUCGGGGCUUUUUCAACAUGUCUGAGGAGGAAACAUUAAAUAUCACUCCGCCCGGGCGCCGAGGGUCUCGGCUGUUUGUGCAUCAGUUUGUUUUUUACACUUCUACCUGCAGAACACCUGUGUGAGCACCUGAGUGAGCAGCCAUCAGAGCCAUGCAGCAUGCAUGCUGUGAGCUUCUGUGGUGUUUUCACCUUUUCCUUCUUUAUUCAUUCAUAUUUCCCUCUUUUCCUCUUUCAUCCAUUUUAAAACUAAACAUUUGGAUAUUUGAGCUCAUUUAACUGCUUACUGUUAACUUGCACUGAUUUCAAAUAGUUUGUCAUUUAUAGUUGAUUAAUUUUUAACUUUGUUGGUGUUUUUAUUCCAAGUAAAUUAAAUUCAUCACAGUCAGGCGUCCGUGUGGUCAGUGUGUCUGUAUUUAAGUUCAUGUUUUACUCUGUGAGGGGUGCAUCAGCGAUAUUAACGGCUUCUGGAAAUUUCUAAAUUCCUGUCCUGUAAU